AUGGCAGGGAGCCUCCAGACGUGUGCGGGCUGCAGUAAGCUGCCAGGUGGACGAAACGGUACCUCCUCCGGAUCCGCCUUGUGCAAGGAUUUCAAGCGAUGUUCAGGGUGUAAGAAGGUGUGGUACUGCGGUCCAGAAUGCCAGAAAGACGACUGGGUCCGCCACAUUUUCGACUGCGAUACGAAUCAGAAGAUCACCACUGCUCAUCAUCUUGCUCUUGCCGUGCGCGACAAAUCGUUGCCAGUCGAUGAUGCAACUCUGGUGGAAUACGGGUUCACUAGGGCACCAACAGCGUAUGCGAAAUCACAGCUGCUAGGCGUGUACGUGGAUCUGGUGGAGCGAUACCACGUCCCGACAAAGGGGAUUCAUCGCUGGGCGUCGGAAGAUGUCUUACUAUCCAACAUAUGCGAGACGUUCGAGAGGUUCGCUGAAGAGUCGCAUGGUCCCCACUAUCCGUGGCUUCUGGAGAAUUUGUCCGUGCUUGGAACGUCGACCCCGGUGUUUGAGCUCGCACCCUUCGUGUCAAGCAUCUCUAGCAAAGACAGGCGACGUCAGUGUUACGCAUGUGGUUGGCUCGAAGGAGACACAUCCGAGAACCGGCAUACCUGUGGUGCACACAUUUUCGCAUCCUACAGGCAAUGCAGCGGCUGCAAGAAGGUCUGGUACUGUAGUGAGGCCUGCCAGAAAUCUAACUGGGUUCGCCACAUCUUCGAAUGCCAGCCGCGACAACCGAUCAACACCUCUCACCACCUUGCGCUUGCCGCCUGCGAUAAGCUGAUCCCGGCGGAUCCACAGACACGCAUAGACUAUGGAUUCACCAAAGUCCCUACCUCCGAAGCCCGCUUGAAACUGCUGGGGGUCUAUGAAGUAUUGAUUGUCUACAUGAAUGUCCCGGCGAGGAAGUUACACAAAUGGAGAAAUGAUGGUCGCUUGCUGCCAGAAAUCAAGGCAGCAUUGGAAAAGCUCCCCGGAGAUCAUGGCGCUCAUUAUCAUUGGUUAUUAGAGAAUCAACAUAUCUUAGACGGGUCAGUACACGAAGCAACCCGAGAGUCGACUCCAUCGAUGUAG